AUGUUCACAGAGAGACCAGGUCUAACCCAUGGAUUGGAGCACCGGAUAGAAACCGGCGACGCAAGGCCCUGGCGAUGUAAUCCUCGGCCGUUGAGUGUGCACAAGCGCAAGCUCCUCGAUGCUGCGCUCGAUGAAAUGAUCGAGACCGGCGCUGUGAGACCUUCGCGCAGCCCUUGGGCUUUUCCUGUGGUUCUUGCGCCGAAAAAGGAUGGAACCGCAAGGUUGUGCGUGGACUACCGCCGACUGAACGAGGUGACGGUAAGAGAUUCCAAGACUUAUUCUAGGUUCCGAGCCCCGGGCCACGACGCCCGUCCGCCCUCCUAUGAUGCGACUCCUUGGAACCGCCCUACCUGUCACGUUGCGACCUGGACGGUUCUCCGAGGGGACACCAGUGUCUCCUUCGUAUCCCGCAGACGCUGGCGCGACCAGGACCGACCUCUUCGAGGGGACCCAGUUGCCCAGGUCCCCGAGCCCUUCCAAGGACUCACCCUCCAGGACAGACACCCUACUGAGCCGCCGGCCAUCUAUAGCCCGGAAGAGAGGAGUCGCCUCUGUCCUCUUUGUGGGGUGCCACAAGUCAGCCCGGAAGCUCAUCGGGCGGGGCCUCUCCACCUCACCCGUGCGCAGCAGCAAGCAUCCACAGCGACUCCCAUGCUUGGACUGCAAGACUUGGAAGCCGCAUUGGCCCUGGUGCGGCGCUACCAACCCCAUCUUCUCACCGGGACACCAGUUCGGGUCCGCCCGCAAGAUGAAUGGAUUUUGGACCUCCGCGACUUCCCGGACAUCUAA